AUGUCAUCAGGACAACUCGUGAGCAGUAGAUGCUCCUCACCCUGUGAGGUGACCUGCCCACAGCCUUUUGUGGAUGCCCAGAACGAGCCCUGUGUCACCUCCUGUGAGGACUCCCGUGCCGUGGUCUACCCACCUCCCGUGGUCAUCACCUUCCCAGGCCCCAUCCUCAGCACCUGUCCUCAGGAGAGCUUCGUGGGCACUGCAGUCCCAACACCCAUUGGGGGCUUCUCAGGGGGAGCAGGCUCCAUGGAGUCAGGGGGCUCAUAUGGAGGCAGCAGUUCCAUGGGGGGCAUGGGUGGAUCCUAUGGAGGUG